CUAAGAUGAUAUACCAGAAGGAAUUGAAGAAAUUAUAUGUUACGUGCACGAUUACGGAUGGACAUACUCCCAGCAGAGGAUUAUGUAAAGCAUAACGCGAUCCGAGUGUACGGAGAAAAAAUUGCUUAGAUGCAACUUUAGGUUUCAAAUAGACUAAACAAGACGAGCUCGUGUAUGGAAACACGAUUUUUAGAAAUGCUUACAUGCAUGGUUUCAUUUAGCAAAAGGGAUAUUGGAGUUUGAAAGUCAUGUAUAAAAGAAAGAAAUAACCUCCAAAGUUUAAGAGAAUACAUUACAUGCGUGGUAUCUUGCAUAUUUAGGUUUCCAAAGUCAUGUAAGCAAAAAGGUAACGAACAACGUUAACAGACUCAAUACGGCACUUUCCCAGAAAAUAUGUAAUGUGAAUAAAGGAUAAAAACUGAUCAGUAUUGCUAUGGAGAUGCCGCUCAUCAUAUCCUUAGUCAUACUAUUUUCCAUCGCGGAGGUGUCAACCCACCAAUGUGCGAUGCGGUUGGAACGUCACUAUUGGGAAAGAUCAAGCCGAAUCAAUUGCUACUCCAAAAACCUCACAGCAGUGCCAUUCUUCGGCAAAAUCGGUGAGACACUCUCAGAAAUAGAUCUUACUUACAACAGCAUUCGUGGUAUCCCCGCUGGUGCUUUUAUGAACAUAAAAACAAGAAAAUUAUGUCUUUAUAGUAAUAAAAUCCAGAGAUUGUCACCCGAUGCUUUUGAAGGUCUCGAGGACACGCUAGAAGUACUUCUUCUCGGAUGGAACAACAUGACAGAGGUACCAUCGAGAUCGCUGGCAAACAUGACAAAGCUUACGUGGCUUCAACUCUCCAAUAAUAACAUCAAUAGCGUGAAAAAGGAGUUCAGUAAAAUUGGACGAUUUAUCAAACGCCUUGAGCUUGAGAGCAAUGAGCUGUCGAGGUUUCCUCUAAGAGCUGCCGACCUACCGAUGCUUGAGGAACUAAACUUGAAAGAAAAUAAGAUCUCAAAUCUUCACGGGUUUGGUUAUCAUUUAAAGCUUCGGAAACUGAUUCUAAAUUGGAAUAACUUUGACCGCGUACCAAAAUUUAACAAAUACGUCCCUAGAUUACAAGAACUUUUUCUAAAUGGGAACAAUAUACGACAUAUUCGAGCAAACUCGUUCAAGGGCCUUCGUCUGACAUCGUUGAGUAUUGGAGAUCAAAAUAUCGAUUUGAUCACGAAAAACGCCUUCAGGGGCUUGGAAAGCAGCCUUGUCAGUCUGUGGAUCUCGUCGGCGAAUCUCACUAGUUUUCCUUAUAGGUCAAUUAAAGGACUUCGUCGACUAAAAUACCUUUACCUUCAAAACAAUAGGAUCCAAAGCAUAAAACUUAGCACACUUAGGUAUUUUCCUAAGCUUUAUUACCUUGGACUGGAGGGUAAUGAAUUAACCGAGAUCCCAGUAGAGCCCCUCAAGCAGGCGGGUCCGACUCUGAGAGAGGUAAAUCUGGCCAAGAAUAAGAUCCGCUCCAUACCAUGGUCGUUCACUAAUAUGACUCAGUUGACAAGAAUGUAUUUGAAUCACAAUCAACUGACGACAAUUCCAGCCAGGGCGUUCUACGGACUGGAUAAGAUGAUCUUAGACGUCAGGUUUAACAAUAUUCAUGUUCUAGACCCGUGUUUGAUGAAUGCCAAGACGCCAACGAUGGUGUUGGACGGAAACCCAUUGCAUUGUGAUUGCACUGUGUAUUGGUUGGCAUAUGCGGGGAAAAUCAACAAACAGUCGGUGAAUCUAAGGUGCUCGAGCCCUGAGAUAGUCCAGGGAAAAUCGUUAAAGAACAUACCAUGGAGCUUUUGGAGGUGUUCAAAAUAUGAUCGUGAGAAAAUGCUGCGAAUGGUUAAAUGCUACUAACUUAUGUUAGCGACAGUAUACUAGUAGUAGCAGUAUACGAUAUAAUAUAUCCACUCAACUGGAUAUACCAAUGCUCAGUUGUUGUAUACAACAUAUGUAUAUUUAAUGUAAAUAUUGUACAAAAAACAUUGUAUAUAUAUGUAUAAUAUAAAUUCUACACAUUUCUUAUUGAAGAUAUUUGAAGUACUAAUCAAUUAAAUAUUAACGUGUACGAUAAACUUAAAAAAGGGAUUAUGUUACUCGAAAAAAACAUUCACACUGCAUACUAUCGUACGUACACGUAUGGUAGAUCAUUUUAAGAUAAGUGAAUAGCUAAUCAAGAAUUGUCUUAGAUAUUCA